AAUCACAUUUCUUUUAGAGCGGCAUCAUGGCUUCAUUAGCCAGCUAAACAUAUUUACAGUAUUUGAAUAAAGGGAGGGUUAUCUGACGGUUCAUCUAUAACAGUUAAGCGUCAUAAGUUUGAUUGUCAUUAGUUUAACUCAAGUAAUGAAAAAUACACAUAUUUUCGACAAAAAAUAAGUUAUGGAUACGACGGGAGGAGGCGAAAAAUAAGAACCCCAAGAAGUCUGAGGGCUUACAAAAGGCUGGUUGAAGCACAGAACGAUACCGCCAACAUGACGAAGCGGGAGGUGAAACGAGAGGUGUGCAAAGUCCUGAGGUCGCUAGCGGUAGAGAACAACAACGUGGACAUCGAUGUCCCCAUGGAGGAGCACUGUUUCUCUAUGAACUUUAGUAAGAACGAGAACCUCGAGGAGCAUGCCAUGGUUAUGGCACCACGUUACAGUCUGUUGCGAGAGGUCGGAAGGGGCAGCUAUGGGGUCGUGUUCGAGGCAAUUGCACGGAGGACAGGGGCAAGGGUAGCGGUUAAAAAACUCCAGUGUAACGCUCCUGAAAAUGUGGAACUCGCUCUGUCAGAAUUCUGGGCUUUGGCAAGCCUGGAGAAGAAGCACGAGAAUGUGGUGCAGCUCGAGGAAUGUGUGCUACAAAGGAAUGGAAUGGCCCAGAAAAUGAGUCAUGGAAAUAAAAGGUCAAAACAAUACCUGCGGUUGGUGGAAACUUCGCUAAAAGGUGAGCGAAUUCUGGGCUACCCGGAGGAGCCGUGCUACCUAUGGUUCAUCAUGGAGUUCUGCGAAGGCGGGGACCUGAACCAGUACAUCCUUUCGCGACGGCCUGAUCCGCGCACCAACAAGAGCUUCAUGCGCCAGCUGACCAGUGCCGUGGCCUUCCUGCACCAGAACAACAUUGUGCACCGCGACCUCAAGCCCGACAACAUCCUCAUCUCCCAGAAGUCAGGGUUGCCUGUCCUCAAAGUGGCUGACUUCGGCCUCAGCAAGGUCUGCGCAGGCUUGGGCAAAGAUGGCAAUGAGCACCCCAAAGCUGGAGGCGACAGAAACAACGUGAACAAGUUCUGGUUGUCGUCAACAUGUGGCUCAGACUUCUUCAUGGCGCCCGAGGUGUGGGAGGGCCACUACACGGCCAAGGCUGACAUCUUUGCCCUGGGAAUCAUCAUCUGGGCCAUGCUGGAGCGGAUCACCUUCAUCGACGCCGAGUCCAAGCGUGAGCUGUUGGGCACCUACGUGCGCCGGGGCACUGAGAUUGUGCCAGUGGGUGAGGCGCUCCUGGGGAACCCCAAGAUGGUGCUCCACAUCCCGCAGAAGACACGCAGCACCAUGUCUGAGGGGGUAAAGAAGCUUCUGCAGGACAUGCUUGCGGUCAACCCCCUGGACCGGCCCGACGCCUUCCAACUGGAGGUGCUGGUGAACCUAGUCACGUGUGCUGCGUGACACCGCUCCCCUCCCAUUCCCCUUUCUAAACCAUGGCCAGUCUGCUUUUUUACCAGAUGUUUACUCACUCAAUGUGGGAUCCCAAGUCUGUACAGAGGUGGAAAAAGGGACUCUGAUCAUCUCUGAACUUUAAAACCUCUGUGAUUGAGGUCAGCACUUCAAAAAUCAGGACACCAUCUUAGGAAAAGCUAUGCAAUCAAAUUGUAUGGAAAGUCAGGUUCGACAUUCACCAAUGUGUGAUGAUCAGCUAUGCCAGAACACACCUUGCACACCUGGUUUGAAAUGGCCUGAAGGAGUAAUUAAGUUAUGUUUAUAUUUGAUGUGCUGGUCUUCAAAAUACAUUUUCUCAAUGUUCUUUUUUCUUUGGUCCAGUUAUGGACGGGUUCUUCCUUCUCCUCCAAUGUUGACAUGUGUUGUUGGAUGGGGCCACAGGCUAGUAUGGAUGGAUCUGUCAUGUAUGGACUGAGAGGCUAACAUGUUGCACUGUGGACCCUCUAUGCCAGAGGUUUAAAAAGUAUUCCUAAAAUGACGGAUGAUAAUGAUGUAGAAGAAGGGACUCAAUUUCUAUCAUAGAAUUUGUUCUCGGAUGGACAUGAACAUUCUUAUGAUGGGAUAAAUGUCAGACAUUUUGGUCAGGGAGUUGAUCAACCAUGGUUUGACAGUACUAUGAUAUUAUGAAAAUAGAAUUUAACUGCACUGCUGACAAACACAGUGCAGAUGCAAUAACGUAUCUGCACUGUCUGUUUUAUUAGCCAGACAGAUUUAGACCACUUUUAAAGCAUUUAUGGAAUAAUUUAACUGCCAAUAAUUACCCUUGCCCACGCCCCACAAACAACAAACAUUCUUCUCCAACCCCCCAGUGUAAAGGGGCAAUUUAUGUUUAUUUAUUUUCUUAUGGCCGAUAAAGCUGCUGUGUUGUUCAAUGUACA